UGCGGCCUGUUCAAUCGUCCUGAUUUCUCGUCUAUACAUUCAUCCACCGGCUUCACACUCCAUCCAUCUAUCUCUCCACCUUGCCUCUCCGGCCCAUACAUGUCGUCUGCCGGCUCCGACGAUGGCGCCGCCGCCGUGUGCUGCAUGUGCGGCGACCACGCCAUGCCGCAGGAGCUGUUCCGAUGCAAGCUCUGCCGCCUCCGAUUGCAGCACAGACACUGCAGCGAGCUCUACCCGAGAGCGGCCACGUACCAGCAGUGCAACUGGUGUCUUAGGGAGGACGGAGCAGGACGAGGCUCGCCGGAGAUGCAGACGACGGCGGCAGCGAAGAAGAGGAUGAUGACGUUGUCGGAGGGGAAUGGUUCCGACGAGAAUAAAAGAAGGCGCUCCUGUGGUGGGUGCUCGAGGUCCGCGUUCUGCACUGAGCCUGACAAGCCGGUCAAGAACAAGAAGCCGACCAAGGCUCGCCAUGAGAGGGCGGUGCCGCCGAUGCGGGAGGUGGAGAUGACGGCGAAGGGUAGGAAGCCACAGGCCGCAGCGGGGAAGGUGCGAUUUAAGGUGAAGGUGAGACGGUACAAGCUGCUGGCUGAAGUGAUCAGCUGCUAACUCAGCUACACUGCAGGGCGAGUGAAGACUGAAGAGUGAAAGAUCAUCUCAGAUCGACCAGACAAAUAAUACGGAGUAUACAUAGGCUUAAGUUUGCAAAUUACGAAUGGACGAUUGUAAUGAUGCAUUACGAGUUAAGCGCAGCACACAUAGUUGGGUGUGGCUAGUGGAGUUGAUCCUGUCUCCCCCAACCCAACAGAGAUCGAAUCCUAUGUUUGAUAUUUGAUACUCCCUCAAUCCCAUGAAACAAACAUUUUUCAUGGGACAGAUGAAGUAUGUUUGAUGCCCAUGUUUGAAGCUUAGGCCUGUGUUUCAUAAGA